AUGCUAGGUACUAAAGGCAUUAUUGCUAUUGUGGCUAUAGCCUCUGCUAUUGUUACAGGAGUAAUCAUUAUUGUUGUCGUUGUCACACUCUCUGUGGUCUUAACUAGAGACAACGUUGAAGAAACUAACCUUGUUGAUAUUUCUGAUAUUAUUACUAACGACCCACAAAUGACAAAUGAAAUGGACACUUUAGAGGUUAUUUCUUCUUCUAAAUUUAGUGGAACAAAACCAAAGGAAUGGCAAAUGAAAUACACAAAAUAUCCAUAUUGGAGGUGUGGACUUACAUUUACUAAUGAAGAAAAACAAAACAUUAUUGAUGAAAAUAAGGAAUAUAUGAAUUCGUUAUUAGAACUUAUUAAGAGUGGAUCAUUAGGAAGAAUGCCAGAAAAAUUUGGUGGAGAAAAACAAUUUGAAGCUGAUGAAGUUAAUUGGAAUGCUGAUAGAUUAGAAGUUAGAUAUGGUGUUUUCGGUAGAGUUUUUGGUCAAAGAGCUGUUGCAUGGGCUUUUCCAGGGGAAGUAGUCACAAUUAAAUUCCCUAAAGGAAUGAGUUAUAAAGGAGUUCAAGUUAGUAUUGGUAAAUGUAAUCAUAAUCCUAGUGACCAAUGGUUAGACAAUAUUAGUAGGUGGUCAAAUGAUAGAAUGCCAAUUGAUUCAAUUGGAUUUGAUUUAGGAAAAAAUACAACUGAAUCAUAUAUUAUUAAUGACACAUUUAAAAUAGGUUCACCAUUUGGAGGUAUGGUUUAUUUAAGACUUGAUGCAACAUUUACAAAUUCAUUUUAUGUUACGUUCAGUAAUGUUGGAAGGGCUCCAAUUAUUAACUAUAAUAUUACGACAAAUGAAGAGUGGAAUAGUGUUUUGAAAAAUGCACCAGGAAAUGUUGCAGAAAUAAGAACUCCAGGAAAUAGACUUGUAUUUACUUCAAGACACAUUAGAAAUUUGGAAGACGCACAAUACAUUAGUGAUUACUGGUUAAAAGCUAUCAGUAUUUCUAACUAUGCUGUUACACUUGAAAACAUUCCAAUCACAUUAAACUUUGAUCAAAGAGUUGAUGCUGGAGCUGCUGUUGCAUUUGUAGGAAGAUGGUUUACUCAACACCCAUCUGAUUGGGCGUCUGGAUGCGUUAACAAAGAAGGAUUAAUAAAUUCUGGAAAUUGGGGACCAUUACAUGAAAUGAAUCAUCACAUGCAAGGAACUUAUUUAAGAGGAGGAAAUUGGGGUAUCAAAGAACCAGGAGAAGAAACUAAUAAUGUUAUGACAUCAAUUAAUUAUAUUUUGUAUACGAAUAUUGCAGGACAUAGAAAUCAAGGGCUUAGUGGUUGGAAUUAUGUUUCUGAUGGCUAUUCUACAAUAUAUAAAAUUCUUAAUGGUGAAAAUGAUCAACCUCAUUUAAGGUCUUAUGUUAAUAUUGCACAUGCAUUUGGAACAGAUACUUUAAUUGCUUUAGUUAAAUCUUAUUAUGGGUUAUGGUAUGAAAAUAAUUAUGAAGGUGAGUAUUCAAUUAAGAGAGAUUCAACUUCAGCUUUCUGUUUGUUAGCUGCAAUUGCUACAAAAAGAGAUACUAGAUAUUUAUGUUCUCUUUUUAAAUACGAUAUACAACAAAAUGUUUCAGAAGCAAUUAAAAACAUGAAUUAUCCAACUUAUUAUCCAUUCUUCAAUGUUUAUGCUAUGAGUUACAAUGGAAAUUAUUAUGGAAGAACAUAUAAAAUUCCAUAUGGUACAACUAGAUUGAAUUUUACAGCAACCACUGCUAUAGAUCCAAGUGCAACUAGUGUUAGUUACACCAUUAAAUCUGGUUUAACUAAAGGAAAGUUAGAACAAGUUGAAGAAAAUGUUUAUGAUUAUACACCAAACUUUGGAGCAGAUGAAAAUGAUACUUUUGUUUUGAAUAUUGAUUGUAUCGUUAAUGGAGAAAAGGUACAUAUUGAACAAGACGGAACAUUUGAACUAGACCCACAUCAAGUAGAGUAUGAAGUUUAUAAAGAUGUUAAAACAAAAGAUAUGGAACAAGCUCUUAAUACUAUUCAGAAUAAAACUUCUAAUUAUACUGGUACGUCUACAUUCUUUGGAAUUGGAAAUUAUGAUGAUGGAACAAUGCAAUCAAUGUUAGUAGAAAAAGGUAAACUGAUAGUUCCAACAUCAGGAUAUUAUACAUUGUUUAUGAAAGCAGAUGAUUUAGGAAGGUUGUUGUUAAAUGUUAAUGGAGAGUAUGAACAAUUAUUAAAUGUUAAAACAUAUCUUGGAGGUUAUUCAAAAACUAUCAAUGGAACUUAUGCAACUGUAAAAUUAGAGAAAGAUACUGAAUAUCCAUUUAUUCUUUACAACCUAAAUACUGGAGGACAAGGAUUUAUUAGAAUAGGGUAUUGUUAUCAAGGAACAGAUCAGUCUAGUGUUAAUGUUUCUAAAUGUAGUGUAUUAGAUAUUGGAAGCUCUAUGAUCCUUAAUGAAAAAGUUAAAGCAGGAGCAAAAGAACCAGAAUUUCAAAUACCACCAAUUAAGUAUAGUAGACCAACAAGAUUCUUAACCAAUGCAUAUAGAACUAUUCCAAAAUGUUUGAAUGGUGAUGAUGAUUGUUCCAUUAAAUGUAUCUCAUUGCCACUUAAACAAGAUGAUUCAAACAAAUGUUCUAAUAUGUUUGAUGAUAAUUACUCUACUAUGUAUCAUUCAAGAUGGACUGGAGGUGGAACUACUUUCCCAGUUAAUUAUACAUUUGAAUUCCCUGAAAAUGUAACAUUUAACAAUUUGUAUAUUCAUCACAGAAGACCUCAAGAUUCAUGGGGAUACUUUGAAAUAUUUAUUAAAUCUCCAGAGACUGGUGAAAUGAAGUUAUUAGAAGAGUAUAAUCAUCAACAAUCUACUACAACAGAGAUUGAUUUCCAAGAUUUAAUUACAACUGAUAGCGUUCAAUUUAUUGUAUACAAUAAUUCAAAUGGUGGAAAUUAUGUUAAUGUAGUUGAAUUGUCCUUUAAUAUUAAGGAAAGUUUUAAGAAUUAUACAAAUUCAUUUGGACCAAAUAUUAAGAGUCAAGGAUUUAAGAAAGUCAUUACACCAGGUGCUUCAGGAGGAUAUCUUGCAGUCAAUGAACAUGAAGGAAAAGGAUCACUUUGUUUCAAAGCUAAAGUCACUAAAUUUGGGCUUUAUGGAUUUAGAAAACCAACAUCUGGAAAAUUUAGAGUUACAAUUGAUUCUCAACAAGGUGAAGUUACUAGCCAAAGUUAUUUCUCUGAUUCUGAAAGAACAUUAUUCUAUACUCAUACUUUUGAUGAAACUGAAGCAAAUAAAGUUCAUGAUAUCUGUGUAGAUGUUGUUGAGGGAACAAUUAAUCUUGAUAUUAUUGGUUCUUCUUAA